AUGGAAGCGACUGACUACCUCUGCAAACAAGGAUUCUACGGAGUUAAGAUAGAAGAUUUAACAAAGAAAGAUAAGGAAAUGUACCGGCAAUCAGAAAAAACAGAGAUUGUAACGGGAAAGUCAGUUAAAAGAGUCAAAGAGACCCAAAACCCAGAGGAAUUCGUUAAAAUCGGAUAUUACGAGCCCGGGGCUUAUCUACGCGCCACAAACCAUGAGUUUAUGUCCUAUGUGACACGGGGCCGGUUUAAGUUUAGCUGUCCCGAAUACUACUUUAUCUUCCAUGAGCUGCUACAAUCACCAGGAUAUGAGUGUUCUAGUGGCGAAUUGCGCUUACGACUAAAGAUUGGCGCUAAAUCUUUCUUUUACUUUAUCAAGAAGUUAUGUUUAGUGGGACUGAUUGAAAAAUCAAAAGAAACAAUCAAAAUCAUAGAUAAGGAGGUAGAGACAAAAGAAGAGGAGAAAGAGUAUAUAUGUCCUAAAAACUAUCUUAAGAACGUCCCAAUAUAUACGCAGGUCUGGCGCAUGAUGGAAGCAACUGAGAAAGGAGUUUGUGCCCAGGAUAUCAAGGAAGCCCUGGGAAUGGACAAUAAACCGGCGCUGCACGUGUUAAAGAAAAUCAUGGAGUGGAAUAGUGACAAGGUUAUUUAUGUGACUGGUUUUGAAGGUAAAGUCCGUCGUAACUGGUACAAGCUCAAAAAGAUCCAUGAAGACCAUAAGAAAGCCUUCCUGGCCCGUCUGCAAACCACUAUCACUCCCCAGAACGAAGUAGUUGAUGUAGAAAUUAGGAAGGGCGUGAUUGAACAGCUAGUGACUAAACACCGCGUUAUGAUGUACAACAAACACUUUCACCAGGCCCUAUCUGAAGCACUAGGCACUAAACAUAUGGUUGAUAAGAACACAGUCACAAAAACAGCUUGUGCCUCUAAAAGGAUAGAUUUAGUCCAGGUUUACAUCACUUACUCGUCCAAGCGCAUUACACGCAAUGUUCUUAAGUCCAUUGAAAUUCCCAGUACGGCCCCAGAAGUCAUUGAAGCCAUCACUAAAGAAGGAUACCGCAAGUUCUCGCUAGUAACUCCAACCGGAGUAGUUGAUUAUGAUAUCAAAGAUUCAGAUGUAGAAAAAGAACGACCCGCCCAUGAAUCGGCUUCAACCGAUCUAACCGCCGCCAAGGUUUAUUUCAAAGCCUUACUGUUCAAGGCCUACAACGCUAAGUACGUAGCUGCCUCAAAUGGUUAUUUAUUGAACAAGGCUGAAAGGUACUCCUGCCUGUUAAAGCACUGGAUGGAUCAUCAAGUGACUAUUAUUAAAGACUUUCGCAGCCUUGAUGAUUUACCUUUAGGUGUGUUUAUUAAGGCUGUGCCUAUCUAUGAGCCACAAAUAGUUGCUAAGAUCACCAAUCUUUGUCCGCCUAUUGCUAAAGCCUGGAGUACGGCUACAUUUAGAGACUUUCGAGCGAUUGCUCCUUCGACCUUACAGAAGCACUUUACUUCUAAAACAUACCUGCGCACCUUCUUGCUGGCCGUAACAGAAAUGGAGGAGGCGGGUUGUUUGCAACGGGUUGAUAGUGAAGGCCAGAUUUAUCGGGUGCUAGCUACUACGUAUCCAGAGACGAGUGUAUCUUCUGUGGAGUACUUGGCUGAAGAUAAAAGACAGGUACUUUAUCAGCAGAUGGUUGAUCUGGUUGAAAAGCGAAAGGAACAGGCUUCCUGGCUGCCGCAAGAGAGUAAGCGAGUGUUUUACGGCCUGGCUGUGGAUGUUAUUCGUCGUGCUGAUAUUAGCCAGAGCGCGAAGGAAGAAUUACUUGAUAUCUUGCGGAAAACAGAAGGCCGCAAGAAGACUUAUCCUCUGCCUCCGGCUCUAAACUUGAAGUAUUUAGCUAAACAGACCCCAUAUCUCACCAUCUAUGGUCAAAAUUAUACCAGCCAAGAUAUUAUUAUGGCCUUUGCUGAGAUUAAAGAGACUCUAAUGAAGACCAAAGAGAUAGUGCUUCUUCAAAACUUCUACCAGUUUGAUUACUUUCUUUUGGAGUGUAUCAUUCUGAGCUUAAGCGAAAUGAGUGUGGUCACUCUGCCUUCGACUAUAAUUGUUUCCAAUAAUAUAUGUGUGGCCACUAUUUCCAUGCAUGCUGAAUAUAAGCGCAGUCUGAAAGACGGGCUGGAGUAUGCCCAGACUUUUUGUCUUGAUAAUGUGUUCAAAAGUAUCCGGUCGGAUGAUUUAGAUCUAUCGGGUGCUUUGCAAGUGUACAAACAUCUUAUCCACAAAGGUUCUUCGACCGUGGGCCAGUUACUUAAAACGAUCCCUAGUCUUGCCCUAUUUGAACUAGAAGAUAUUCUUGCCGUUCAUCCCCAGCUGUUUAAACUAGUUCGAUGCUCUGACCAAUUUGAUGUUAAUAAGUGCUUAGUUGUUCUCAGCUAG